AUGAAAUCAAUUAGAGCCAUCACAACCCUUGUACCCAGGCUUCAGGUGGCACUGGAAUCUGCUUCUCUCAGAAACUACGCCAGUCAUGCUAACCAUUUGAACAAGUUGAACGCAGCCGGUGUUCCUGUUUUGUUUAAAUUGUUGGGAAAUGGACAAACUGUAAAUUGUUGGUCGGAAUUGAAAGUUUCUGAGAUCCAUGGAGCGAAGUUUGUGAUUCCUAGCUAUGCUAGGUCCUUGGCAUCUAGGGCUUCGGAAUCUACACAGAAGUCAUCGGAGGCUCGAAGAGACGUAUCCAAAGUUGAGGAUCCAUUUGAUGCUCCAACAUACAAUAUUCCCGAAAAGCCAGUGACUUUUACAGAGGGAGCUUCUUACAGUAUUAUCAUCCUUGCCGGGCUUGGAGUUGCUGCUGCUGCAGGAUAUGGUGUUUUCAAGGAACUUAUAUUUGAACCAAAAGAGUACAAAAUAUUUGGGAAAGCUCUAGAGAGAAUUCAAAAUGACAGUCAGGUUAGGGUGAGGAUUGGGUCCCCUAUUACUGGCUAUGGCCAAGAAAGCAGGAAUCGUGCUGCUCGUCAGCGAAUUCCUAAUCGAACAUGGACUGAUGAGGAUGGCAAUGAGCAUGUUGAGGUAAAUUUCUAUAUUCGUGGGCCACAUGGAGCUGGCAAAGUUGGUGCUGAAAUGUUCAAGGAUAAGGUUGAUAAACAGUGGAAGUUUAUCUAUCUGAUUGUUGAGAUCAAAUCCCCAUCCCCAGCACAACUGUUGCUCGAGUCUUAUGUCCCUGCUUGA